AUGCGCCGAAAUUCCAGCAUGGACAUGCGCACGGACCGUACUUCCUCCCCGCCAGACACGCAGACUCUAUGGGCUGUUCCAAGUUAGUGACGGCCCACAAUGGGUAGGUGGGAGGGGCACACGUGGUGUUUUAUUCAAGAGAGAGGGGGAUCCCCUGAUUGGUGUGUUGGCCCUUGAGAAAGGCGGUUAGACCGCCGAAACACGCGUCGGGCUUUUUCCGAUGCGGUUAUCGCCAAUUUUAAUAUUUUUCUUGUGUACUGAUUCAACAGUUUGUACUGUGCUGUUAUGAGACCUUGGUCGGCCGGUCUCUAUGUUAGUGGGGGCAUCUGGUUAUUUAUAAGGGUUAUCCUUGGUUGAGGUGUCCGGGGUUUUAGACUGGACCCCCUUGGAGAUUACUUUUCUCCCUUUGUUUUUCCCUAUAUGCUCUCUUCUGUCCUUUCGAUUUCUAACUAUUAUAGCACAGCACACUGCCUCUGGCAUCUAUUGAGUAUCUGCAAGUUGUAGCCUCUGUGAGUUUACAUUGCAACAGUGUUUCUAUUGUUUACAACUCUGUUUUGAGCUGAAUUGUUAUUUGAAUAAGAAACCUAUUUAUGUUACCAUAGAAGUCUCCUGGCAGUGAUUGGGAGCCAAUUUACUUAUAUUUAACAGUACCUUGAUUUUUUUUGUUUGUUUUUUUAUUUAGUUAUUCAAUAAAGUUUAUUCCUAUCAUUUUUAGUUAAGCUCUUAGAUACUCCUCCAGGGGUGGUACUCUGAGGAGGGUCCCCCUGUCUUGGUACGGGGUGAUCUUGCCCCAUUUGAUACUUGUGUGUGUUUUAUACCACUAUCUAGAGGUUAUAUUAUAAAAAAAAAGUUUUAGGAAAAGUAAUUAUAGAUUGAUUUAGUUGUGAUUCUUUAAAAGGUAUACUUAUUAUUUUUUAUCCAUAGAAACAUCUGCUUUUUUUUUUUUUUUAUUCAUUUAUUUUGGAGCGUCCAUACUAUGUUUUAAUAUCCAAUAUACCUUAAUAUUAAACAAGGAAUGUAAAGUUUAAUUUUGCUAUUGUAUUAGUAUGUGUGUGGUUGUGAAUAUUGUGCUAUCUAUUGUGAUGUUUCACUGUGUAUCUGCCUGUUUGCAUCUCCAGGUUAUCGUGUCAAAUGUUGAUCUGUCUAUUAUUUAACAUGUUUCUGAUUUCAGAUGUCGUUGUGUCUGUUGUCGCUGGUUCUACUGGCAUUCUACAUUGUGCACAUGAUCCCGGAGAUACAUUUAUAAUGAUCACAUGGCGCAUCCGUCCUCUGUAUAAAGCUCCCUGCUUGAUGUCAAUGAGUGAUAACCAGACCUUCACCAACUGCACAGAGAGAGCAAGACAGGACAAUGUGACCCUGAAAAUACUGGAUACUGAAAUAACCGAUACAGGGAUAUACACCUGUGAAGUAUCAAAUGCUGAAGGGACAUUCCUAAAUACCGUUCUGUUACAAAUAUUAGGUACUAAAUAACUUUUGCUAGUUACUGGACUGUGUUAAAUGGUAUUAAAUGCUUUGCAUAUAGUUCUAAUAAUAAUUACAUCAUUAAAAUUAGUAGCAUAACAUUUACUCGAAGCUAGGGAUGCAUAGCUAGCAUGCAAACAUAUCAUAAUACAGUAAUUUGGUGUAUCAAUUGCUUUGCAGAGAAACCUAAAAAUUUUAAUUGUAUAAAUGUGCCCAUUUUUUUUAAAACUUAUUUGUUAAUCAUUUAUAAAACUAUUAAGGGAAUUAAAAGUACUGUAGCUGUCCCUUAUCUUGCAAUGUUUCACACAAUGUCUAAAAUGUUAAAAAUGGUCAAAAUUCUUCCUGAAGGUGUUACUAGCAAAACAGCUUACUAAAAAGAGCAACAGAAUGUAAAAAUAAUGUCUGCAUUAAUAAAAAAAAUGCCCUCUUUCAAUAAACACUGUUAAAUCAUAUAAUCCUAAAAUACAGGAAUUUAAAACUAGCAAUCUUUGUCAAUCUCUGGAAUGCUCAAUUAAUCAUAAUAGUGAAAAGAGUGCAUUCUCUCCCCGACUUUAGGAAUGAUACACCCCAUUGAAACUUUUAUUUAUUUAUUUUAUUUAUAAAAUAUUUUACCAGGAAGGAUACAUUGAGAUUUUUCUUGUUUUCAAGUAUGUCCUGGGUCCACGAAACAUUGCAUUGAUACAAUAGGGUACAAUAAAAUACAAAAACAAUAUUAAUACACAAUAAAUACAAAAUUUUACACAGAACUUACUUUAUAGUUUGGCAGCAGGGGUUGAGCAGACAUUUUCAGAAAUCUUGCAAGCAUUUUAUUAGUGACUAGAUACUUCUUAUGGAGGAAUGAAUUUGUCUACAGACUGGUAAUCAUUCCUAGAGUAUAAAUGAGGGUGGGUGAUUCUUUCUUCACAAUACAUAAAAAUGAAAACGUUUAUAGUCAAUUUUGAUAGUAAACGGGUUAAUAAUAAUAAUAAUAAUAAUCAUAAUAAUAAUAAACAAAGCUAUAGAGUAAUAUGGUGUGCUCUUCACGUGAUUUUUAUAGUUGGUGGCAAAGUUCUCACAGGCUUUACAUAUGAUUUGUGGUUUAUUUGUGGUUUAUUUUCUUGAGCUUUUUCUCUAGAUUCUAUAGCAUUGUAUAAUAAAUCCACUGAUACUGAUCCCCCUGUCACUCCACCAUUGUGAGUUGGGUGUGGGCUAAAGGUUUGGGCAGAUUAGUAUCCACGCCUUGCACCAAACUGUGGGAAGCAGCUGGAAGCUGUGAAGUAAUAUUUACUUGAAAAUGAGAGAAAUCUCAAUGUAUCCUUCCUGGUAAAAUAUCUUAUAAAUAGAUAAAUAUAUAAAUAAUAUUGGGGGAAAUUUCUGUGGCUAUUACUUUGCUCUUCAUCGAGCUGGUAUAUACUUCUUACACUACAACCAUAAUGUCAGUGUAUGAGUACAUAGGCUUGUGUAACUUACUAUCUCUUCACUUAACUUUUGUUUUUGUUUCCCAAUUCACUCAUCCCAGGACAAAUUUACAACACGCUGGAGUAGUUUUGUAGCAGACUUCAUUCCCUUGUGUUCGGUUGUCCAUAACCUCUUGUUUGUCUCCUGAAUGAAUGGUUUGUUGCCCUCCCUUUUAUACCUCCCCUGGCUGUUAACCACAAAUUAAGUAAUUAACUUGAGUGCUUACCCCAGGGGGCCGCCAUUCGAAUAACCGAAUGCACGUGGUCCAGUGCAAUUUUGUCUACCGAAUGCACGCAGUGGUACAUGGUCGUCGAAUGCCUGGAACUAUUUUCGGCCACGCUGUCUCGCGAACUGCCCAUUCAACUUCCCGACCAAUGUUCAGGAGAUAGGAACUGUGACAGAUCUCCCUGUCCCUGGAUUAUACAGCCCUUUGUUCCCUUUGCCUCUUUGUUCUGUAAAUUGCAUUCACCUUGUAUGUUAACAUUGCCCUGUUCGAAUACCGAAUAAAUAACUAAAUGACAGACCACCCAUAUGCGGAGUGUGCUGCUUGUUGACCCCAUAAACCUCUGCUGUUUAUUUGUACAUAUUGUUUUAUUUGGUACUCCUGAAAGAGACCGACCGCACAGCCAGUCCAAACCCUACCCCGGUGGCGUUUCGGCUGCGUUCGUGCGAUCUGUGUGCUUUCUGGAUAUGUUGGGCAAUCAGAUCCAGGCUACCCGGGGAUAUAGGACUUGAGGGGGUACUCAAUUGUAAAUAUGUAUUUUGGGGUGUUUUUAUUAUACAUGGAAUGGACCUGAGAGUUAAUGUAAUUAUGUGUGUGCUUUUGCUACUGUCCCCUCUCAGAUCCAGUGCCGAAUGCCCCUGAAAUAUGUCACCAGAAUCCCCUUGCAUAGGGACCUGCAUUAAAGGCCAGCUGUGGUUUCCAUUAAACAGUUCCAGUUUUACCCUCAACACAGAGCUUCGUCUUGUGGUUGUAGGGAACAGCUAUAUCACUGCUUUUUAGGAUUAUCGCUCCCAGGAACUCACACUGGGGGGGGGGGAAGAACAUCUCUUCCCAUCGGGGUGUCUGCCACAGGAACUACCGACUGGGGGCAGCUUUCGCUCCCUAGAAGCCAGAGGUAGCAUUCGUCUGUGUUCACACAGGAAUCCCUGAAAGGAGACCGUCCAUUGUCCUCAAUUCCCUGGAACUAUUUUGGGCCAUCGCCUCAAGGCCGGCCGGUCAGAACUUUACCCAAAUAGUGAUUCUGUUCUAGCGAACAGAUUGGAGCGCUAUUUGGAUAUGUUGUGCACUCAGAUCACAGCUGUUGGGGGAUUUAAAAUGUGUGGGGUUAUUUAUGUUGUUGGGGUAUUUUUCCAUGUUUUCUGUAUUUUACUGUAACUGAUUUUUUGCUGCUUUAACCUCUGCGUUGCAGCUAUCAUAGUAUGCUUGUUUCACUGUGGCCGAAAAAUGAUUUCUGCUUGUCCAAUAAUGAGAGUAUAACAAAUAACUGCAAUACUUUAUUAUUUUAUAUCAGAUAAGUCCUCAGAAAAGACACAGGGCAUUUCCAAAUGCAGAUUUCUUUCAGUAGGACAGGUCUAUUCACUAUUCACGAUCUAGAUAAUGUUUCAGUUAUCGCACCAUUUAUUUUCCCAGUUCCUCCUUCCGUGUCUCUGAUGAUAAACCGAGAUGGAUCUCCUGAGUGUCGGGCUGUUGGUGGGAAUCCAGCAGCUGAUAUUUCCUGGAUUCCGGAAUCAGAUAAUGUCACUACUAGAAGUAGAAUGGAGCCGGACAAUACUUGGACAGUUAUUAGUACAUACAGCGAACACGGAAUCAGUGGGAGAGAAGUGAAAUGUAAUGUUUCUCAUCCUGCAUUUACUCAUCCUCAGAUAAUGUCCGUUCUAAUACCUGGUAAGAAAAUGCACUUCAUCUAGGAAUAUUUAUAGACUGAUUUCUUAAACUUUUUGUCUAGUAAUUAACAAAUCCCUUUACUACCAAUCUGUGUUUGCUUUACAAAUAUUACUUUAUCUAGUAUAAUGAUGAUUGGCUUGUAAUAUUAAUAGUGAUAUUUUCUUUUUAACUGAUCCAGUCGUCAGUCUACUAAUUUAGAAGAACUAGUAAUUAUUGUAGUUAGCAGUAAACAGAAUGAGAAGUUUCACUUUAGAGUUAAACUCUGUACAGUCUGUGACAGCGCAUUUCACGUUAUGAGAAUAGUUUUAAAAACAGGAAAAUUAUGCCAUUUUAAUGCUUACGUGUUUGGUGAGUUAAAAUUAAACAGGUAAUUGGUUUUAUCUUCAGUCUAAUCUCUAACCCAAUCACGAAUAAUGCAAUAAAUUCAAAUACAGAACCAACAUUAUUCACUAGAGAAAAUUUUUUUAAAAUGCACAGAGUGAAUUCAAAGUGAGUUUUAAAUUUUAGGUCAAAAGAAAGUAAUCUCCAAACGUUUUCAAUUCAGCAAUUUUGGUUUAAAAUCUGGCAUUCACUUUGAAUUUAUAACAAUUCAGAUUUCCAGUAAAUAACCCUGACACUAUUUCAUUGGAUUCCUUGUUUCACGAAAAAUAUCUAACUUUCUCUUUUUAUACUGAGAAUUAGGUAUCCAGGGAUAGGUAGGCACAUUUAAUAGUAAGCUUUUAGCCAGUAGGCCCUCUGAACAAAAUAUAAUUUAGCCAAUGCUGAAAAGGACUCUAUAGGCAAUGUACUAUAACCACUUUAUCUCAUUCAAGUGGCUAUAGUAACAGUAGUCCCCUAGUGCUGUCCCUUCCAUUUGGUGUUAUGCUGAUUUAGAAUGGUUUAACACUAGACAAGAGUCCCCAACAGUCUGUGCAGUAAUGGAUGUGAUUGGCUGAGAGUGUUAGCUGACUGUCUUCAGUCUAUCACAACAUCAUUCAAAAAAGCUUUGACACAAUACAGAGGUGGCACCAGUUGACUCCAGGCACCAUAACUACUUCAAUGAGAUGAAAUAGUUACAGUAACUAGACUGUGCUAUUAAAAUAUAUUUAUUAAAAUGUAUUUCUAUACAUAUUUAUGUAUUUAAAUAUAUAUAUGUAUAAAAUACAUUUAUCCCGUAACAUAAUAAAAUAGUUAAAAAAACAAAAUAUGUAAUUAAAAUAUCUUCUUUGUCAACAGAAAACCGUAAUUAUACCAGGUGGCUUGUGGGGUCAGUUAUCCUUCUCGUUCUCAUCACAGGAUUAUUGUUCUCAUGGAAACGACCAACUUGCAGGUAUUUUACAUGAAAUGGAUUGACUGUUUGUUGUAACACGCAGCAUUUAAACCCCGGAUAAAGGAGUUUCGGGACAUUAAUUUUAGUAGACAGUCUGUGUAAAAAACAUUCAGAUUGUCAGUCAGAAAACAGCUGUUAAAGAGAAGAAAAAAAAAAGCGAAAUACAAAACAUUGACUAUCGAACUCUCUGAUGGUUUUGUGCCGCAAGAGAUGGACUCUGUUGUUUAUAUUUCUAGGUCCAUGUAAUAUGCGACGCUGUCCAAGAGCAUGACAGUAAUUAUGGAUACAGAAAGUAUAUAAUGUUCCUGAAAAAACACUUACAUGUACUAUGUGUAUUGUAUAUGUGGUGUGCAUGUCUGCAUUUAGUUAGAUUGUUUUAUAUUCUGUAAUUUAUAACUUUAAAUAAAAUUGCUGUCUCUUCUAGAUGUUCAAAGCUAAAGAAGACUAAAGAUGGACCCAAAUGCUGGCUUCAAUAAUAUUUAUUUAUAACUGAAGGAAUCAGUGACUGAACAGGAUUAUAUGCAGAUAUUAGGCUUCCAUUGAAAAAAUUGUGAAAAUUCAUUUUGGAGACAAAGGGUUUCAUUCACCUCUCUCCUUCACUACCAAGCAGUUUUAGCAUAACAUUUAUUUGAAGCAAACACAUUAUAUAACUUGUGUAUAUAUUGCUUUGAAGACAUGACAUGCGCAUUGUCUUCUCUUAUAUUAUAGUCUAGAUUAUACUGGAAUUUACCUCCUUCCCAGAAAGACACUGACACUAAAUUAAAGUUAGUAAAUGUCACGGCUUUAAUAAAUUAUAAAUAUAUUUAACACAAUAGGUCAUUGUCAAGCCUAACUCUGUACCUAUCCAAUUGAAUACAUCCAAACCUCCAAAUCCACUAUACCCACUGAAAAUGACCCAUGACAUAACUUAACAGACAUAAUCAAAUGACAGUAUUAUAAUGACUUAAUACAACACACACAGCCACACCAGGCAACGUAAUAUAACAGAUCUAACAUUGUAGGGGUAUACCAAGAUAACCCCAGGUUGAAAGCCACCAGCGAGCUCCCGCCUACCAGAUACCAAAUCCAACCAGGUGAAAAUUGGUACCGAACUUCCAAGAUCCCAGCUACCUAUCCUACCUACCCCCAGUAUUUAUCCAUCUCCCGCUAAGACUGGCAGAGUAGAGAAGUGACAAACCCAUACAAAACCCAUAAAAAAGGGGAGGGGAGGUGGGACAAGAACAAGUAAGUCAGGAUGAGUUAAAAUGGCCCCUACACUAAAAUGUCAGUUAUUAAUAUUCCUGUGGGCACUGCCCCCUACCCAUCCCAAACCAAUCAAAUCCUAUCCCCCUGUAUGCCUGCAUCCUAUUUAUGUCAAAUCCCAUUCACUUUGUUUCACUGCUCCAUGGGCUACAAACUUAAAAGUUGAGAGUGUGUAAAUGUACACAUUUUAAAUUACUCCAUGAAAAAAUAUAAUUGCAGGCACCUCAUUCAUGGUAGAUUAUGGUCGUCACAUUCUCCCACACAGACAUCCAUGGGUAAGCUGAUACUAAAGCUAUGGAAUGCUUCAAAAAAUUAAAGAAAGGUGAGUGGGGAAAUGACUGUCCACUCAUGCACUCCACUCUGAGAAGAAGAUAGCAUUCCCACACAUUUAGUCGGUAACAUCACUGGCCGUCCUUUGGUGUGGAAAAGCAGUGCCCUACCGACUUCUCUAAACUUUUUAUGCAGCUGCAGAGCAACGCAAAAAAAAAAAAAGGCAUUUUACAAAGGGCAAAAAGCAACAGCAGGAGUAAUGUAAUUGUAUGUGUGUAUUUAUUGUAUUUGAUUAUUAUUUUUUUGUAACACUAUAGUGUAGGGAGUACAAAUGUAUUUCAAACUCUAUAAUUUUUUAACUACUUAUUUUAGUUACCUCUAAGCCCUUACCAGCCUACACAAUGUUGCUUUGUCUCUUUGUCUGAGAUCAUCAAUGUUGAUAAUCUUAGCCAAUUCAAUGUUUCCUAAUAUAAACUCAUUGGCAGGCUAGUGCGCAUGCACAGCAAAACACUGUGCAGAGCCAAUCUAAUGGUCUGUUUGAGACAAUCUGAUUGAACAGCCUAGUUUAACUCAGUGAUUGGAGUGGAAAGGCCUUUACCAGCUGUCAGCUGGGUACACACUGGUUUACCCAGCAAUGUAAACAUUACUACAUCUGCCAGCCGUCUUUGAGAUGAAAUGAUCUGGGUGUCUAUAGAGUACUUUUAUUGAGGUGAAUGUACAAAGGGAUAACUGGUCCCAAGUUUCUGUCACAUCCCUAAAAGACAAAAGAACUAGCUGCUCUACUAUUGUCCAACCCUCAUGCCCAAGUGGGGAUUCAAGAUAAUGGAACUCACGAGAUAGCGGUGUACCAAUCAGAUAGUCUCACUGAGACCAUCUGGUUAAAAUACUAGAUUUUUACUCCACUUUUUAGGCCACUAGUAAAGGUUUACUCCACUAUUUUUCCACGAGAGGCAGGUUAACUUAAAUAUCACCCACAUAAUAUCUUUUUUGGAGAGCAACCCAUGCCGCUAAGAGGAUGUCAUUUGCAAGCAGCAUCAUCACACUUACUUACUAACAAUUCCUCGGUUAUUCGGUUACAGCAGAGGUUAGCAAUAACACGUAAAAAUUACAUUGAUAUGAACCUGCUUAAACAAACACAUAAUAAAAUACCACAGGUAAGUGACACCCAUCACCUAUCAUCAACACUGUAUUAUAAAGGUUCCAAACAUGCAUUUCACAUAUUGCCUAGAUGGAUCCAUAUUAUUUUUCUCUCACAUGGAUAAUGAUUUGUAACUUAGGUGACUUUACUGGUACAAAAAAAUUGUGACAUGAUUGAAUGACAUUGAAAAUGCUCAUGUCAAAUAAAUUCAAAAACAUUCCCGAUCAGAUAUUAAUGCUGGAAUUGUGAUUGUUUCCCCUUAAUUCACUGCCCUUUUUCUUCCAAUUUCUAGAUUCCAACCAGUAUUUUAAUGUCUUAUUGAAUGAUGUAAAAUCCCUUACUUCUCAUUGAAAAAACCUACACACUGCACUGUGCCAAUCAAACGCUGACUUUUACUUGGUAAGAGCCGCAGAAGCACCAUUAGUGACAGGCCACUACAGGCAUGUUAACCCUACAAUGAAAGCUUUGCCGUUCCUGCAAAAUGCCAAUGUUUUCAGGUGCAAAGUUAAAAUGACAGGGGUGUGGAACUCUCACCAUAUCAUCGAGAUGAAGGGAUAUGGGUGCCUAUAGUUCGUUAUUGUUCAUAUUGACGACUUUUCUGUCAUAUUUGAAAAAGUGUCUAAAUAUGAUCUAAAAACUUCCAGUGUGUUUUUCCUUCAUUUUCCUUCUUUCUUCUUUUUUAUUAGCUAUAUGGUUUUAUAUAUAUUUAUUCAAAAAAUUAUGAUGUAUUUAUGAUAUGAAAUAAUUUGUCCUCCUUUUUUCUUCCUUUUUCUUUCAUUUAAGCCAAUAUUGUUUUAAUUCGUUGUUAGGAUGUGAUAUAUUUCUAGGUAUGCUGUCAGCUUUUAUAUGUAAAUGUUUUUUUGAGUUCAUGUAUAUGUAAUUUGCAAUUUGAUAUAUACUUGUUGUGGUAAUAUCCCAUGAUUGAUAUAUGCUACUGUCACUUUAAUAAGAUCUUAUCAAUGAACAAUCUCUCUUUUUUAGAUAUAUUAAUAGUUUGAUAUAUGCACUUAGUAACAUAUUUUGUCUCUGUUUUAAUUGACAACACAACAUAAGUUAGUCAACUAUUGGUUAAUGCAUGUAAGUGUAUAAUUGUAUCCACAUUAUGUGUAAUUUAUAUGCAUUAUUGAACAACCUAUCAAAUGUGACCUAUGCCGUAUAUAUGCCCACAACCAAUAUGGAGGUUGUGAGCACGUCCUGAGGAAGCCGUCUGGCGAAACGCGUUGACGUCAUGCAGGGGGACGAGUCUACAGACCACGGAGUUUGAAGCAGUUUCUCUGGAGAUCGGUAUCAUACAGCCACACUUAGUCCAGCCGAACAACGAGAACGCUCAACAGUGCUGCCGGCCACCCUGCUAUUUCAAAGUGUUGUAGUGAGCAGACAGAAGUCUGUCAUACUCACCAUCAUAUCCAGUAAGGGGCGAACCACCCUUUCUUUCUUACCACUUGUUAUUCUUAUUUAUGGAUUUAUGGAUUUUAAUCCUGCAAAUAAUAAAUCAUUGUCAUUUUUUCUAUUGGAGCCUCUCCAGCUAAUUAUUGCAGAGAUGACUUAAUUCAUAAACAGUUUUAUAUUUAUAUAUUUGUAUUUUUAUACAAACUAUCUGCACUAUUAUUUUGUUUUCCCUUCUCUCCUAUAUAUACCAUCAUUUAUUGGAAGAACCUCCAUUCAUCAGAAUAGUCUGUAUACACUUUUUUAUUUACUGUCUCCUAGUGGUAUUUUGCUCCACUCACUAUUACACAUUAUGUUUAUGUUUCAAGUAAUCCGAAGGUGGGGAUAAUACCACCAAUGCUGUGUUCAUAGAGCAGUCAGCCUGCUCUAUCCUUGUAAGUAUAAUUUUACUUAAUUUUAUUAGAGAUUACGCUAUUUUAUUGAGAGCACUAUCUGUUGCCUUUUUUCUUCCUUCCUUAGUGUGUGGACAUUGUGGACAUUUGCUGCAUAUCCUUUAAAGUGGGGAUUAUACCGCUGUACGCCCAUACUGCUAGAGCUGGCUAUAGCUCUUCUAAAUGUAAGUGUUCCAUCGUUAUCUUAUACUUUUAUCUGAUUGAAUUAUACAGUCUGCACUAUCACCUGUUCCUGUUUCCUGUCUUUUAUAUAAUCUUAGUGUGAACGUGGUAGACAGCUGACGUUUAUCUUUUAAAGCGGGGAUUAUACCACUGUACGCCUAUACUGCUAGAGCUGGCUAUAGCUCUUCCAAGUGUGAGUGUCCCAACUUUUCCUUUUAUAAAAGACUGUACUCAACAAGCUACACUAUCACCUAUUCCUGUCUUUUGUCUCCCAUACUAUCUAUGGUCAAGCUGAAUUGAGAACAGUACAUCGUAUCAAGCACUGACUUUUUCAUUUUUGGAUUACAAAAAUUUUCUUUGUGAGAAUUUUGCACCAGAUAUAUUUCUGCUUUUGUGCCAAAUAAGUUGUACUAUUAAGGUUUAUCCGGGUGUUUUUUUUCUGUUCUCUCCAAAGGGUUUUGAGGGAUUCCCUUUGUUGGGGCCUCUGCCUACCCAAUAAUCCUGUGUCAAAUAACGCUGACCUUCUGUUUUGUAGAUUUAUUUAUAGUCUAUAGAUUUUCUGUAAAAUUUGCCAGUUUUUGCAGAAUUUACCUUCAUAGAAGACCACCAAAUGUGGUGGGAAAAUAAUAUUUAACAGAUUACCUGUAUGUCAGAACAGUAGCAGCAAAAAAUGAUACAUACAUUACAUUGCAAAGAAAAUUAUCUAUAUUUAAAAUAUAAUUUAUAUAAUUUCUUUAUUACUCAUUAAUUUUGUUUUUUCUCUUCCAUCACCCAUUACCCCAAUUUAUUCUCCUUAUCUUUUCAGUUUAUUUUCUGAUUCCUCUCUCUCUGUCUCUGUCUCUGUCUCUGUACCUUACUUCCUGUAGUGGAACAUGUUUUUAAGCUUUAUAAAAAACCACAGACACAUGCAUGAUAUAAAUACACAUACACGUACAGACGUUUUCUGACCUUAAAACCUUGGUCAUCCAAUUAGCUUGAAAAGAAAUUAAAGAAAAAAACUGCACAUUUAAAGAGAAACUUUUUGUAGCAGGAAGUUUAAAUAUUACCCAGUAUUCUCAUUCUGCUCGAAAUUCACCAAUCCGCCCAUUAGUGACAGACUGAGAUCAAUAUAAACCUGAAGAAUUUAUUCUAACAUGCGUUCUUUCUACCAAAUAUUUCUCGGCCUUAACCUAAUGAUACUGAUUUACAAGUCAGUGCACACGGCAGGUAUGUGUUUAUUUUAUUAUUUGUGGUCGGAAACAUAAUCGUAAUGUGUGUAAUUUGUACUGAGCAAAGUUGGUUGAGGUGUGCCGAAACCAACGUACGGGUAGGCCUAUAAUAGAAGAGGACUAAAAAGAAUGGUGCUAUAAAAAUUGUACGAGGGGUGAGGUGGGUGGGAUGACCUGAUUAGUAACAGCCCAGGUAAGAGGUAGAGUGGGGCUUUUAUAAGGCCAUACACCUCUCAGAAAUACAGGCCUUUGGCCUUAACACUUGCGGUCGGAAACAACCGUAAUAUGUGUAAUGAGUAAAGUUGGUUGAGGCUUAUUAUUUAUAAAUUACAAGUGAGUUUAUAUUGAAAUCACAUUGGUUUACUCUGACUAUACACCUAUUUGCUAGCUAUCACAUGGCUGCUGCACUCUGACACUUUGUAUUUGAUUAAUUUGUCCCUGUAUUGGAAUUCUAAUAAGUAAAAAUAAAAGAACAUUCUAACCAGGAGUUGGCUGGGCUGCUCACUACAGAGUGUCAGAGAAUGGACUGAGUUCCAUCACAGUAUAAUAAAAAAAAAAUUUGCACAAUGCAACAAUAACAGCCUUUAUAUUGCAACCACAUAUCUGUGUUUAAACAGAUAAAGAAUUCACGGGCUGGUUAUCAAGGCAUUUAAACACAGAAACAUAGAAACAUAGAAUGUGACGGCAGAUAAGAACCAUUUGGCCCAUCUAGUCUGCCCAAUUUUCUAAUUUACUAAAGAUAUGAAUAGGGAGGGAGGGGCACCUUGAAACUUAGUAGACCACCUUAUGCUUACAGUAAGUGUGCAUAGCUACAUUGCACAUACAUUUCUAGAAUUUAGUAUUAAUUUAUUAAAUAUUUUGGGCAUGUUAUUUUCUGGAGCCUGAACAUUACAUUCUAAGGACUGGGGAACUCUUUCUGGAUAAUUACAGCUACUUAGUGUGACAGAUCAGCUAUUUUUGUAGCCAUACACCAAAACAGCUUUUGACAAAGCGGUUUUCAGGCAUAGACCAUGCCCCUGCAGUCUCCCUGGUCAUUUCCCUUCCAUUUCCCUUCCAUUUAGGAGUUAAAUCAUUUUGUGUAUGCAGUCUUAGUCACACCUUCCCUACUUGUAACUUACACAGUCUCUAUACACAUUUCUUAUAAAGAGAGAUCUAAGAACAAAACUCCCUUUAUUGCACAGUAUGUUUAAUUUAGAAUUUCUUACUCCCUGCUCUGGUAAUAGCCCGCUAGAGCUUGUAUGAACCUCCUGUGUGUGAUAAUCAGUGCAGGAUAUUAAAACAUCUAAGUAAGUUUGUGCGUCAAAGCCAGAGGAGGUGAGUCUAGGGAUGCGUGGACAGAAACAAACCAUAUUUAACUCCUAAAUGGCAGAUAAUUGAGCAGUGAGACCACAGGGCCAUGAUCAAAACCAAAUCUGUCAGCUCAGAUAAAGUUGUUGCCUAUAGCAAGUUCUCAAUAAAUCGAUAACACAGCUAGUUCAAAGAGGAACAUUGUAUUUAUUUACAUUUGUAACACUGUGUUAUUUAUUGUGAUGUUUCACUUUGUGUGUGCAUGUUUUUAUCUCCAGGUUAUUGUGCAAAAUUAUUUGAAAUUUUGAUCUGUCUAUUAUUUAACGUUUCUGUUUUCAGACGUCGUUGUGUCUGUUGUCGCUGGUUCUGUUGGCAUUCUACAUUGUGCACAUGAUCCAGGAGAUACAUUUAUAAUGAGUACUUGGUAUGUCCUUCCUCUGUAUAAAGCUCUCUGCUACAUGUCAAUGACAGACAACAACACCUUCAACAACUGCACAGAGAGAGCAAAACAGGACAAAAUGACCCUGAAAAUACUGGAUACUGAAAUAACCGAUACAGGGGAAUACACCUGUGAAGUUAUAAAUGCUGAAGGAACGUUCAAAAAUAACAUUCUGUUACAAGUAUUAGGUACAAACUAACUUCUAACUAGUUACUGAAUUGUUAAAUGGCAUAGAAUGCUUUACAUAUAGUUAUAGUAAUACUGUUUUAAAAUCUAAAUUUUAUUUAAGACAGGAGGUUUAUAUUAUGCUUUCUUUACAAUACGAAGCAAAAAAAAGAAACAAUACAAUGCAGACAAACGUGAAAAUAGAAACCAAAUAUACACGUGAACUUGCUAGUAACAGGUAUAACAACGACCAAUCAGAGGAGAGCACAGUCUAUAUAAGUAAAACCAUGGCACUCAAGUCUUCUUUCUUUGAUACUCUGCAGCGCACAUAAGUAUACUUUAUUAAUUCAUUUAAUUUUACGCACAUAAUUUAUUUUGUUUCUUUCCUUUGAGGUUACUUUUUUAUUUUCUCCCUCCAUCAUAUUUUUCAAUAUUUAAAAUCAGUACUUAAUUUAUCAUAUGUGUUUUCCCCCCAAUUUUAAAGUUUUAAUAAUUUAGGCAAUAUUUCCCUCUUCAGUUCUUCCUCUCCACUACUGAAAGCGUUUCUGACUACUUAUUGUUUUCAUCUUGGGAUGUAAUUCCGAAGGUUUCGUGCCUUUGUACUAUUCAGCCUUUUUCUAUAAUUUCAGAUUUUUCCAUAUUUUCUUGAUUAAUUUUGUUCAUUCUUAUUUCCUCUUUUAAUUAUUCUCCCCCUCUCUCCCUUUCUCUUCUUUUUUUGUUCAUUCUCCUACCUUUACUUGGGGUUUUUAAGAUGUUUUUUUCUAUUGCAAGCGUGGAGCCAUCAACAUCUCGUUGGAUCUCACUCCGAUUGCUGCACUCUAUAGCCCCUGUGUCUCUUGCUUUCCCUGGUAAAUUAGCAUCACAAGUUCUUGUGAGUGUCGGUAUUAGUUACAUAGGCUGAUAAGAGAUGUCUCUAUCAAAUUAAGCCUUUCCCACAUCUGUUUUUUUUUUGCUGUUGAUCCAAGAUAAGACAAAAAACACAAUUUGAAGCACUUCUGAUUUUGCAACAAGCUAGGAAAAAAACUUUCUUGACCCUAGAAUGGCAGUCAGAUUAUCCUUGGAUCAAGAAACUAUUACCCUACAACUGAAAAAUUAUAUAAUUGAAUAUUAUUAUUUUUUUUUCAAGGAUGCAUAUAGUUGCUUUUUAAACAUCUGUACAACUUCUGAUAAAACCACUUCUUCAGGCAGAGAAUUCCACAUCGUUCUUGUUCUAAGGAUUCUCACAUUCCUCUAAUGAGGAUUUAGAAGUUGUUAUUGAAAACAUGCCAGCAUAACACAGUAAACCCUUUUAGAUGAAUCUGUUCAUAAAUCACUUAACCCAGCUGUUUCUUCAGCUAUGGCUUGUGUGGCAAAACCGACCUCGCCACUGGGCAUUGGAGAAGACUGAUUGCCAGCCUCCUGCCAUGUGACUAUGGCCCCUGGGAUGUAUUGCCCUUUAAAGACAUGAUUUGGGCAUGAUUUGUUGUGCUGCUGCCAGCCCUUUAAGAACCAUCUGGGGACAUACUGUGGAGUUACUGGGUGGCCACCAUUUCCUGUAUCAGAGGCACAUGGUGAGAACAAUGGAUGAAGCACAUGGUAAGAACAAUGGAUGGCGGCCAUUUUAACUCACAGACACCGUUUGGACUUUUCAACACGGUGCCAUCUCGCCGGUAUUUGGUGCACAGAGACAUCGUGCAGUGGUUUUGGACUAUACAACAGGGGACACAUUAUACAGUAAUUGUUUUUCCAUUUAGCCUGCAUAUGUUCUGUGGAAUCUGCAUUAAACUGUAUCUUCCAAAGUACUGAACGGAUCUGGGUGAAUUUUGGAUAUGUGGUUCACCCAGAUCCCCCGGUUUUAUGGAGUUAUUGCAUGUUUUGGUGUUCCUGUGAUAUGUUUUAUGAUACUGUAUUUCUCUGCCUGUGAUAAUUAGAUUAACCAUUGUGUUCAGUAAUCAUAUCAGAGGCAGAGGGGAGGAUUUUGUGUGGGAGUGUCUGUGUGUAUUGUACAGAUUGAUUGGUUGUUCUGUAAAACCCUGUGGGCAGUACUAAGUUUGUGGAUUGGGAAUAAAAGAGGCUGUAUGUGCCAGUACAGUGAGUUCCUGCUUAACCCUCAAAGUGAAGUGUCGUCUCAUUAUUGGGGGAGGAUUUAUUGUAUGCUUUUCCAGUUUGACUGCUAGGAGUGUAAACCUAUUCGCAUGGUUUUUCCUAUUCGGCUGUAUACAACAUUCAAAUGCUUGAGAGCAUUCAUAUGCUCCUACGGUUCAGUGGUUUUGGUGUCUGCUGCGGUGCUUGGAGUCCUCAGGAAGUGCUAGGAGCAUCCUUCAACGGAGGUACCCAGUCGGGGUGCCAGGUGAUCUGUUACAGUUUGUAUGCAAGAGACUCUAAAAAAUCAUUUUCCUCUGGAUUUAUCUCAGUUCAAAGGUCAGUCUCAUCCAAUAUCUCUUUCUGAGAAAUAUUAGUCUUCCAUGGAGUCUGCCAAGGAUUAUGUGGACACUAUUGUUCCUCGCAAAUGUUCGAAAAAACGUAAAUACAUUUAUGAUGGUCUGUCGUCCAAAAAGUCUGUUUGUCUAUUGGGACACACUUUGUAGUGUUAUCCUCUGAAAUUACACAAACUGUUCUUCUAAAAUGAGAUCCCCUACUUCUUCAGAUGGCUUCUGAGGAACAGGGAACUUCACUGGAUGGUCUAUUGAUUGGGAAUAACUUUAAACUAUUAAAAGUAUCAGUAAAUUUGUAGGAAUAUUUUCCUCCUUGGAUAAGGCUCAACUGUCGCUAAGGAAAGUUUUUGAUCCAAAACUUUUUGUGAAGGCCAGAAGAGGAUGAGAUUGCUCUUCCAGCAGAGAUUUCCAAGAUUGACAGUGUAACAGAGGCCUCUACCUCUCUUAUCGAAGUAGACAAUUCUCUGGUUACACAACAGAACCACUUUUUUCCCUCAGCGACAGAGACAGUGAAGAUUCAGGGGUUCCAGAGAGCAAUCCAAAUUAAAAAAAUAAUAAAUGAGGAGCACAACCAUAUACAUAAAAAGCACUUUAUUAAGUGGGUCCAAAAUAGCAUAUAUUCAAAGACGCAUGCUAAAAAACCUUAGCAUUCAUGUCACAAUACUCAUACAAAAAAUAUACACAAUGUACCACAAUCACAAAUACGCAUGGUAAUUUAGAAUAUGUGUGCUUCUGGCACAAGCAGCUGUUUUGGUUUUCCAAUUUACAUCAGGAAGAUUAAAGUCACCCAUGAUGAUAACUUCCCCCUUCAUUGUCAUUUUAGCUAUUUCCUCAGCUAGUAGAUUAUCUUUCUCUUCAAUUUGUCCUGGGGGCCUAUAAAUCACACCUGCACAAGUUCCUGUGUGAUUACCAAAUUCUAACAAAUCACCAGUUUGUUGUAAGGCUUUUGUAACAGGGAUUUCCAAUUUACAUCCAUGGAUUCUUCUUCGCUACAAACUGUAGAAAAAUAUUUAGAAUUUCUGCCUUGUCCUGAUCCAACUUGAUUAAAUCACCCAUCUCACCUUCCAAUGGAACACUUUAAACCUUUUUGGCAAUGAUGUACUUAAAAUAUUUCUGGCAGUUGGUCUUGCUCUCUUUGGCUAUUAGCUUUUCAUUUUCAAGUUUAGCCAAUUUAAUCACUCUUUUGCAAACCCUAUUGGGAUGCUUAUAUUUGUUGUCAGGUGCAAUCGACCCCUCUAAUUUAAAUUAUUUAAAUACCCUUUUCUCAUAUCAUUUUACUGCCCCUUGUACUAAGCCACAUUGGUUUUAAUUAGCUUUUUAAAAUUUGUUUCCCAAUGGUAUGUAUUGAGAAAAGUACUUUUGUAUAAUUUGUUUAAAUACCUUCCAUUUAUCCUCUGUACUUUUGCCACUGAAUAUUUUCUGCCUUUCAAUUGGUUGUAAAGAUGCCUUUAUCCUAAUGAAUUUAGUCUUUUUUUAAAUUAAGAGAUUGUAUUUUUUAUUUUACCUUAAAUGAUACAACGUUAUGGUCACAAUCUCCGAGGUGCUCUCAAACUUAAAUGUUUGAAAAUAAGUCAACAUCAUUAGUAAACAUUGAACAUUUUGCAUCACCAAUUACUGGAGUUUUUUUGGUGGUGUAUGGAUCCUGAAGCUCUGGAAUCAGAUGCCUUCAUAGAAGAUUGGUCAAAAGGAUGACAUCAAACUUUUCCUCAAUUUGCAAAGAUUACCAGUGUUAUCUCAAUUAGAAUGUCAGGUUGCAAUCCUGGUUUUGACAACUCCAUUAAAUUUUUAGGAAUUACAUGGAUUCUUCCUCUCUGUGAAGACCUAUUGAAGAAUUGAAAAGGAGUGUUUCAUCCCCUGGUUUUGGAUUAUCAAUAGAUUUUUAUGGCUUGGCCACCACCUGACAACUGUUGCAGGACUCAAUGCAAUUCCCUCUAAAAAGAGCUACAUCACUUGAUACCUCCACUUCCCUAUGUUCUUCUAUCCCCCACUGAGCAGAGCAUCAAUUUUUACUUUCAAGGCAUACGUGUAAUAUGUGCUGUGCAUGCGACCAUCUGGAAUUUCUGCUCGGCCAGAAGUCUGGCUGCUACCAGGUACACAUACCAUCUUGUACCACUUCUGAACCCAAACACCCAGUAGAGAGGUAAUUAAAGAGAAAGUAGAAGGUAGAACCACCAGAAACUAGGAGGAGCCCCCUUCCACUGAGCCAAAAGGACCCCUUUCUGGCCAGCAUUAACAUGAAGACUUUCUGGAACUCUGUGGGAUUGGAAGUUUGCAGCAUCCCACUGAACUUUACCCAUUGAUUACUCAGGCUGUGUACCUCCAAUCCGAGCACUGUUUGUUUUGAGCACGGUUUGUUCCUUGCAAUUAUCCUUGUCCAGGGAUGUACAUAGUGUUGAGGUACUUGUGAGAAAUAUUGUGUUUUGGGAAAUAUGUUGUAAGUUGCUUGGGUGACUGGGAGUUAAUUAUAUUAUCCUGUCCCAGAUCCAGUUAUGUCCCAGACAUCGCGACGCCAAGGUGGGCUUGCAUUGUUCUUUUUAAUGACCCCCUUUGUGAUUGUCCCUAUAAAUAUGUGUGUUGUGUCACCAUAAACCUUGUUAUUUUUACCCCUUCACUAAGUCUCGGCUAGUGUUUGGGUAAAGGCUAUACUCACUAAGAAAGGCUAUAAUCACUUGACAAUGAAUCUUUAGCAUCAGAUGGGAAUUUAAGGAGGUACUUAAAUGUGACAUUUAGGGAAUCAAACAUCUACAAUGAAUUUUCACAAUCAACUCAGGUCAUCUUAUCAAAAGCAUGGGUACCAGAGUCAAUUAUUAAUCCGUUGGAAAAUUUGGUCUAAUUGGCGUUCUUCCAAAAAUCAUGCAUUUUUUUUUAUCUUAAUGCUAUUAUUAAGGAAAGGCUUAUCACACUAUUAAUGUAUAUAGAGUAGUUAUUUCUGCCAAGAGUGCUUUUAUUGACAAUUUACCUAUUGGACAGCAUCUCCUAAUUUGCAAGCUUAUAAAAAGGUAUCCAUAGCACAUGUCCUACUUGUCUCAGAUAUCUCUAUACUUGGGAUGUUAAUUUGGUUUUAACUUUACUAGUAUCUUGGGAGGAUACUGGUUGUGUCUAAUUUCUUUCAAACGUGUUUCAUAUGUUAGAGCUCUGGAUAUUAAUAACACCUAUUUUUCUCCAGAUAAUGCUUUCUUUCAGGUGGUGAGACACACUAAAACCAAUUUGUUUUCAGUGUCUUAUCCAGGCUUUUCUCAUAAUCCACAAUUGUGUGUUGUCCAUUGUUUAAAAUCAUUUAAAUUAAAAUCAGAUCCUUGUAGAUCAUAAAAUUCUUUGCAACUUUUAAUAUCUUUUUAUAAACCAUAUCCGACCUCUGCUAUUGCUAGAAGGUUAAACUCUGUCAUGUACAUUUCAGGUAUUGAUAAUUUCCCAUUUGGAGCUCACUUUUCGAGUUCUGCUAUGGCUACCAAAACAUAUCUUUCUGGAGGUUAUCUUCAUGAUAUUCUCAAAACAUCUGAUUGGUCUGUAGAGUCCACUUCUAAACAACUUUAUCUUAGACCUGCUUCUUAACAACUUGUUCAGUUUUCAGCUAGCAAAGGAUGAGCCUCCUGUCUUCAAUAGCAUUUUAAAUUUUUUAAAUAAAAAGUCUCAAUUCUAUUAAGACAGGAGGACAGGAGGUGAGUUUUAUCCCACCACUUUAUUUCAGUAUUCCUCAUUGACUGUUCACUAACACAUUUUCUUUCAGCAUUACUGGUUAUAAUAUUCUGAAUAAUACUUUUACUAUCAGUUUGUCAUGAAAUAUUCUGUCGAGAUUGUCUACUUUCUUGUUUCAAAAAGAGAUCUGUCCCUAUAAUGACAAUUUAAUAAAAAUCACGAAGAUACUUUAUUUAUAUCAAAAGAAAAAGCAGUAAAUAGAUUAAAUAUAACUGUCUAACUCAGACAAAAAUAUAUAUGCAGGAGCAUAUGGACACGGGGUAGGGGGAGUGGAAAAACAAGGAAAUAUAUAUAUACAGUACUCAAUAAAUUUCCCAAAAAUCUAGACAAAUGAUUUGGAGUAAAGCUCAUGCCAGCAGUCUCCAAAAUCAUGGUAAAAACACAGAAUCACAAGCUAAGCUACUAGAGACUCUAAACUUCAAAAGGAAAAAAGAAACUGAGGAAAUGUAAAUAGCUGGCUCAAUAUCGUCAGCUAUUUCAUAAGUAGCAGGAGUAUAUGACUGGGUAAGUACAAUGUAAACUGUGAUAAUUAGUGAACGUUCGUUUAAAGUCAGAGGCUUAACACACGGCACAGUUGAGCUGGUGUUGCACUAUGUAUAAAAGAUCUAAAGUCUAAUCAGGUAUAAGCCAAACUGGCUAAAAUGUACAAAAAGAAUAGCUAAUUCAAUGUUAUAAACCUGUUAGAUGUAUUUCACGAGUUUGUCACUAAUAGAUACAAUGUAUACAGGGAUAAAUAGUAACAGAUCGUUCAGAAUAGAAGUCUUGCCGGCAGGCAGUGUUAUAACAGUACACACUAUGAAUGGAGGACCUAGAGACUAGUCCAGUGCAGACAGAGUCUGGCCACUUCGUAAUACUGAACAGGAGAACUAAGAAAUGUAUAAUGGGAGAAUAGAAAGCACCUAAUAGAUGCGGAUAGAUAAAGAGGAAUGAGAAUAGUGUCUUCGUGGACACUGGUAACAGUAAAGUGCAAAGAGAGUCUACAUAAAGAGAGUAAGAGGCUCUAGAGUUACUUCAAAAUAUAAAGUGUAGUAACUAGUGAUGUCCCGAACUGUUCGCCGAACGGUUCGCGAAUGGUUCGCGGCGGUUCACCGUGAACGGUUCGCCGUGGACUCCAGUCAGCAGACACAUUCCAGCCAAUCAGCAGCAGACCCUCCCUCCCAGACCCUCCCACCUCCUGGACAGCAUCCAUUUUGAAGCUGCAUUCUUAGUGAGCUGUCCAGGAGGUGGGAGGGUCUGGGAGGGAGGGUCUGCUGCUGAUUGGCUGGAAUGUGUCUGCUGACUGGAGUCCGGGGCGAACCGUGGCGAACCGUUCGGCGAACAGUUCGGGACAUCACUAGUAGUAACCGAUCGCUAAGCUAUAAGAAUUACCCUGAUCUGUAUUUUGCUUCCCUGACGCUAAAGAUGGGCUCAUAAUCAACCAACUCUCAAGGAGUCCCCCAGAUGAUCACUGGGUUAAUGUAAGGUAUAUGGUCCAAACCUCAGAGCCAAUGCCGUCAAGGGGAAAUACUUCCCACAGGGCUAGCGAAAUUAUCGGUUAGCGUAGUCUUAGAGGUACCUAGAGGGGCCACUCCGUUAUCUUAGGCUGAAAGGUUUUAGACCAUAUCAAACGGAGAAGCGGGAGAUGCAAAUGUAAGUAUCAGAGAAAAGUCAGAACAGUAUCACAGCCCGACACGCGUUUUUGCCUGGUUUAGAGGCUCGUCAGGGGGAAAUGACUCCCCCCAAUGGCUCAGAUUUAAUAUACCGCCUUCGGACGUUAUUGGUCCAAUUUGGAGGACAGGAGGUGUGUGUAUCAAUAUGGUGGCUGAGUAGACUCAAAAAAGAGAAAGAUAUGCUGAAUGCAAGUUGCUUGUGUAUUCAGACAAUUUCAAACCUAACAGGCAUGGUAGCUAAGUGUUUCUAGCGAAUAAUCUCGCAGUAGAAAAAUUAGAAUAGGGAUGAAAAGAGGGUUUAUAAAGAUUUAUAGGACAACAAAUGAAAUAAAUAAAAUAAGAAAUGAGGUAAUGGUCAUAAAGUUACACCUUAGGAAAAGUUAUUUGUAUAAAUACAAAUCACCAAUAGCAGUGUCACUAUGGAUCAUGACACCGAUGAGUACUAUGAAAAAAUAAUAAUAAUGUAACUAGUUUACAAUCCCACCAGUGUAAUAAAUGCAAUCUCAUAACAUCAUAUUCAUAGAGAUAAUUAUCAAAUGCGCGAUAAAAUUAAGUUAUUUUUCCCUAAUUAUCGAUGUAUAAAUAGAGUAUAGUUGAAUUCCUCAUUCAAGCCUCGUGGAGCUAGGGUCUUGAAUGCAAACAUCCAUUGGGAUUCUUUCUGUAGUAGAAUUUUAGUUAACCAGUUAUCUGGUUGGAUGUGGCAGCCAAAUAAAAAGGAAUGGAUUGCCAUGCUUGCACGUUAUAUAGAUUGUGCUCUUCUUUGAUUGGAUUGGGUAUUGUUAUACCCUCUUACAUUGUUAUACCCUGUUAUAUCCUCUUACAUUGUUAUACCCUCUUACAUUGUUAUACCCUCUUCCAUUGUUAUACCCUGUUAUACCCUCUUACAUUGUUAUACCCUCUUACACUGUUAUACCCUGUUAUACCCUCUUACAUUGUUAUACCCUGUUAUACCCUCUUACAUUGUUAUACCCUGUUAUACCCUCUUACACUGUUAUACCCUGUUAUACCCUCUUACAUUGUUAAACCCUGUCAUACCCUCUUACAUUGUUAUACCCUGUUAUACCCUCUUACAUUGUUAAUCCCUGUUAUACCCUCUUACAUUGUUAUACCCUCUUACAUUGUUAAACCCUGUCAUACCCUGUUACAUUGUUAUACCCUCUUCCAUUGUUAUACCCUGUUAUACCCUCUUACAUUGUUAUACCCUCUUACAUUGUUAUACCCUGUUAUACCCUCUUACAUUGUUAUACCCUCUUCCAUUGUUAUACCCUGUUAUACCCCUCUUACAUUGUUAUACCCUGUUAUACCCUCUUACAUUGUUAUACCCUGUUAUACCCUCUUACAUUGUUAUACCCUCUUACAUUGUUAUACCCUGUUAUACCCUGUUAUACCCUCUUACAUUGUUAUACCCUGUCAUACCCUCUUACAUUGUUAUACCCUGUUAUACCCUCUUACAUUGUUAAACCCUGUCAUACCCUCUUACAUUGUUAUACCCUCUUCCACUGUUAUACCCUGUUAUACCCUCUUACAUUGUUAAACCCUGUUAUACCAUCUUACAUUGUUAUACCCUCUUACAUUGUUAAACCCUGUCAUACCCUGUUACAUUGUUAUACCCUCUUACAUUGUUAAUCCCUGUUAUACCCUCUUACAUUGUUAAACCCUGUUAUAUAUAUAUAUAUAUAUAUAUAUAUAUAUAUAUAUAUAUAUAUAUAUAUAUAUAUAUAUAUAUAUAUAUAUAUAUAUAUAUAUAUACACAGUAUAUUUUGCAGCCACAACAUUAAAACUACUGAUAGGUGAAGUGAAAGGAAUGGAAUAUAUUAGGGAGCAAGGUAACAGUCAGUUUUUAAAUGUCAUGUGUUGGAAACAGGAAUGGGAGUGCGUUGCUUCAUUGGUCAGAGUGCCCAUGAUUACCUCUGUUCACUACCAUAGUACCUUCAAUGGAGAUGUGAGUGUCAGAACUGGACAAUGGAGGAAUGGAAGAAAGUCACCUGCUGUGAUGAAUCACUGAUAUAUCACAUAUAACUGUAUCUAGCAAAACUAGAAAAAUAAAAAUAUGAAAUCAGAUAAGUCCUCAGAUAAAACACAUUCAAUUUCCAAAGCCAGACUUUUGUCAGUAGGACCACAAUCUAGAUAAUGUUUCAGUUAUCGCACCAUUUAUUUUCCCAGUUCCUCCUUCCGUGUCUCUGAUGAUAAACCGAGAUGGAUCUCCUGAGUGCCGGGCUGUUGGUGGGAAUCCAGCAGCUGAUAUUUCCUGGAUUCCGGAAUCAGAUAAUGUCACUACUAGAAGGGGAAUGGAGUCGGACAAUACUUGGACAGUUAUUAGUACAUACAGCGAACACGGAAUCAGUGGGAGAGAUGUGAAAUGUAAUGUUUCUCAUCCUGCAUUUACUCAUCCUCAGAUAAUGUCCGUUCUAAUACCUGGUGGUAAGUUUACAGUAUUGAUGCUACAUCUUAUUCCUGCAAACAAACCAGCUAAUGUCUUUAAAUUUGACUUUAAUAUUUAGCAACUUCACUACCAAUCCCUUUGUGUUUUAAAAUAUUAGCACAGCAAAUCGAAUAUGAAUAUAAUUGGAAUGUAAUAUUAAUAGUGAUAUUUUUAUUUCAACAGAUUUGCAGAACUAGUUAUUAUUAAGUAGUUAGCAUGAAACAUAAUGAGAGGUUUCCUUUCAGAGAUAAAACUCUAACAUCUAUGGCAGACAUGGGAGGACUGGCAAGGAGGGCAUGGGACAAUUACCCCUUAAGGCCACUAGCAUGAGAGGACUAGCAAAUGCAUGGGGGGCUGCAGCCUGAAACAAUGUUCCUGAAAAUGAAUAUAAUGGGUGGUGUGGUGGGAUCUCUGCAGGAGCAAAGUAGUAGAUUCAGCAGAUAUAGACUGCUGAAUACAUGCACACACACUGCUGAAUACAGGCACACACACUGCUGAUACACACACUGCUGAUACACACACUGCUGAACACACACACACACACACACACACAGAGACUGCUGAACACACACACACAGAGACUGCACAACACAUAAACACAGAGGUGAAGUGUUUGUGUGUGUGACGGCUGCUGUGUGUGUGAAGGUGCUGUCAGUCCGGUACAAGGACAAUGUUUUGGGGCCCCUAUACUUGUGGGGCCCCCGGGCAAGUGCACAGUGUGCCCAUGUGGAAAGGCGGUUCUCUAUAUGAUGUCCCUGGGGGUGCCCAUCAGUGACUGCAGCGUGAAGUGAGACAGUGAUCAUUAUAUUCAUAUCAUACACACACUGGUUGUCGUUGGUGACAACAACAUCAGUGGGAAACACCUUCCAACUCCAGCUGCCUCCAUCUGUCAUAUCUACAUCAUCAGUAAGACCAUCCACACUGAGAGGUGUGGCCAUUUGUUUGUGUGUGUAAAGCGGAUUCCUUUAUUGGAUUGUUAAUGUACAAUUCAAAGUUGCGGUGUAUAUAUAAUAGUUACAAAAUAUAAUUAAAAAGCUUUCUAUGUUUACAGAGAAGAGAAGAUAUGGUGUCAGAUGGCUCGUUGGAACAGUUAUGCUUCUUGCCCUCAUAACAGGAUUAUUGUUAACCUGCAAACAACCAACUUGCAGGUAUUUUACACAAACACGAGAGGGGGCUUGGCUGUGUGUUGUUUAGGUGUGUUUUUGUUCCAGCCACCCUACAAUAUAUAAUAAAUGUUAAAAUUAAAAAAAAUUGUUUUUGCCCUGCCCUCUUGCUUACCUUAGGUGCGUUGGCAAUGUUCCCAAGAUCCUGGUGCUCCAGCGAGGUCAGUGCCCAGCUUCUUGGUGGCCCAGGGGGUCAGUGUUUAGCUGCCUGA